CACAUGUAAUAUUAUAGUUAAAAUUAAGGUACAAGGGGUAAUUAAUGAAAAUUAUAACUAUGUUAGGUAAUGAACUAGUAAUUUUCUCAUUUCUACUAAUUAAUCACACUUUGCUCUUCUCCAUUUUCUUUCGGCGAAACCCUGAGACAUACUGAGAUUGUCUAGCUGCACUUUCGGUGUUGAGGGGGAUUUAUUUUAGCUAUCGAAAUGGUGGGCUAGCAACGGCAUCUUCAAUGCAUACUUCGUCAGGCUGGGAAGAGAUAUCAACAAAACUGAACUGUUCCAUUUAAUUCAUCGUUUCACUCGAAGGCAACUCCAGUACUUGGUAAAUCUUAGUAUUUCUAUGUGGAUCAUGAUAAAACUGAUGUUAGAAAUGUCUCACGUUGAAUGUAAAUAGUCAAUGCAAUGAGUCGAUAAGCAAGUCAAAUUAUGGGAUCCGAAGAUCUGCCUUUGGUGAGGUGCCUUAUUUACCAAGCCUGCGGAAUACACUUUCACCUAGCAUCUCAAGGCCAUUGUACCAAUACCUACAACAUUUGGUUGUCUAGUUCAAGGACAUUAAUUGCAGAUGAUGCAACACCAGUUUCUUCUCCAUUAACACCAUUGUUAACAUCAAGUACUUCCAGUACAGAAGCAGAGAAAGCAAUUUCUAAACCUUCAAAAGUUCAAGCAGAUUUGAAGGGUAUAAAACAGAGCCCAAAGAAGGUGAAUUUGGUUGCUGCAUUAGUUCGUGGCAUGCGUGUUGAAGAUGCAUUGUUACAGUUGCAAGUUACAGUAAAGCGAGCUUCCAAAACUGUCUAUCAGGUUAUACACUCAGCUCGGGCAAAUGCAGUGCAUAACCAUGGAUUUGAUCCGGAUCGUCUUCUUGUUGGUAAAAUGACAAACAAAAGCUUUACAUAUUUUCAUCUCAUUUCUACCCUUUUGGAGUACUUCAUCCUUAUUAUGUUUGGUGCAGCUGAGGCAUUUCUUGGAAAGGGACUUUUCAAGAAAAGGCUGUCCUACCAUGCUAAAGGAAAGUGUGGACUGAUGGUGAGGCCAGAAUGUAGAUUGACAGUGGUACUUAGGGAGAUAACACCGGCGGAGGAGGCCGAGAUAGCUAAGUUGAGAGUAAGCAACUUCAAAAAGCUAACCAAACGCGAAAAACGUCUUGUCCCUCAUAAGCUCAUUGAGACUACUCCAAUAUGGAACCGCAAGGGCAAAGUUAGAAGUAGUGGCACAGGUGUUGUUGCUGAAUGAGCGGUGAUAUCAUUGUAGUUUAAUUUUUCGUUAGAAACGUAUGCAAUCACAUAAAGAUCAGUGGUUGAUGAAAAUCCAUUGCAUCUUGUCACAUUUCUUUUUCGUAAGAGUUGUAACUUGAGUUAAUCCCUGGCUUCUGUUUUCUUUUUGUAAGGCAACAGGCUCUCCUUUA